AUGGCUGAGGAAGGGUUGACAAAUUCUGAUUUGGAAUUAAAAUUAGUAAACCAAAGUAAUGACCUAAUAAAACUUCAAACUAAUUUUAACGAACUUCAAAUAAAAUUUAAUGAAGAAAAGGAAAAGACUUUAGAUCUUGAAAAGAAAAUUACUUUUCUUGAAAAUGAAUUAAAAGAAAUAAAAGAGAUUGCUGAUUUAGCAGUUAAUUUGAAACAAUUAAAUAAUGUUACUUGUAAAGAAGUGAAAUUUGUUGAAAUUAAAAAUAAGUGGAAAUUGAUUUCUGAUAUACUAACUAAAUGUUGUGAAAAUAAUUGUAUAAAUACAGACAAACCAGCUGGUAAUUGUAUUGAGGGAAAUGGAUUUGUUAAUUUAAUUAGUGAUGGAAAUAUAAAAUAUAUUAAUUGUGUUGAAGGGAAAGGUAGAGAUGUUGAAGCUAUUGUUCAUGCUGAAGAUUCAUUUAAAAGACCACAAAAGUGUAUCAAUUAUUCUUUAUUUUAUUUUGAAGUUAAAUGUAAAAUGGAGAGAGAAUUAAAUUAUUAUUUAAAUUGGAUGGUUAUUGGUGUUGUUAAUAAAACUAAGCGUUUUAGAUUUAUUGCAAAGAUUGCUUUAUUUAAAAAUGAAAAAAAUGAAGAAUUUAAACUUUCAACAUUUUCUUGGAAUGAUAAUGAUGUUUUUGGGUGUGGAUUAGUUUAUCCCCCAACUAAUAAAAUAACCGAGGAAUUUCCUUAUAUUUUUUUCACACAAAAUGGAAAACAAAUUGGCAAGAAUAAAGAUUAA